ACGCGUGCGCACGCUACACAUGGCCCGGUAUAAAAAGCGAAUGUACGUCAACGUACCACACAUAGUCGAUACCAGUGGUUCCUUGUCAGACGUUGUGCAUAUCAACGGUAUUUUUGAAAAAUCAAGCGAAGCAAAGCGAGAAAGGAAAUUCCAUUUUCUUACUUAACGGAAUAUACUCUAAAGAUAUAUAAUCCAAAAACGCUUGUAAAAGUAGAAAAAAAAGAAAUUUCAAAUUAACAAAAUGAAUAAGUUUUUGUUUGUUUUCGUUGCCCUGUUUGGAGCCGCCGUUGCCCAAGAUAGCUUCAAGUGUCCCGAUGAUUUCGGUUUCUACCCACACGAUCUGUCAUGCGACAAGUACUGGAAGUGUGACAAUAAUGUUGCGGAAUUGAAAACCUGCGGUAAUGGUCUCGCCUUCGAUUCCUCAGACCCGAAAUUCCUGACGGAGAAUUGUGAUUACCUACAUAAUGUGGAUUGUGGUGACCGCACGCAAUUGGAACCUCCAAUUUCCACACCGCACUGCUCUCGUCUGUACGGUAUCUUCCCCGAUGAGAAUAAAUGCGAUGUCUUCUGGAACUGUUGGAACGGUGAACCAUCCAGAUACCAGUGCUCGCCCGGUCUUGCCUACGAUCGUGAUGCUCGUGUGUGCAUGUGGGCCGAUCAAGUGCCAGAGUGCAAAAACGAAGAAGUCGCCAACGGUUUCAGUUGUCCAGCCGCCGGUGAACUUGCCAAUGCCGGUUCAUUCUCGAGACAUGCUCACCCUGAAGAUUGCCGCAAAUACUAUAUUUGCUUGGAAGGUGUUGCUCGUGAAUAUGGUUGCCCGAUCGGCACUGUCUUCAAGAUUGGCGAUUCUGAUGGUACAGGCAACUGCGAAGAUCCAGAAGAUGUUCCCGGAUGUGAAGACUACUAUGGCGAUUUGGACUUGAAGAGCAUCCGCAAAAGUGAACUCUUAGCUGGAUUGAAUAGUGAAGGUCGCACUAAGAACGCAUCAAAAGCCAAAGCAGCCGCCGCCUCUUCCUCAUAAACUCUAAAAUGAAUCUCUUACACGCACACGCAUACCUUCACAAAAGUUCUGUGAACCUCUGACUUUAUCACACCCUCUCUUCUUCUCUCUCUCUCUCUCUCUCUCUCUGCCCUUACUAUAAACGCUCAGUUUACACUUCACAAAUCGAUCCUUUUACAAAUUUAAUCACAAGUCAAUUGUUCUUUCGAUUAAGAAGCUCCUAACUAAAACGUUCUUCGUAAUCAAAAUAUUGUUCUCCUCUCCAUAAACGGCAUUUCUCUUUAAAAGAGAAAUCAUUACAAUUCUGGUAGCGCAGCUGACUUGAUACCAGAGACGUCUACCCCUUAAAUGUGUUAAAAUAUUAAUGUUAUUUAUAUGGUGGUUCUAUAUUCGACUAGACUUUGGAACUUUUCAAAUAUAUUACUCAUCAUUUCAAAAAAGUUAUCUAAAUUAGAAACCAUAAGCGAAAGAGAACAAGAUAAAUUUGAGAUUAGAUUCACUCUAAUAUUGAGAAUGAACUAAGCUAAAGAGAACAUAUUGUGGAGAAAAAAUUCGUAUAUACACAGCAAAGGGAGAUCCUGCGUAAUUUUAAUGAAAAUACAUUGCGCAGCACAAAUACUUACGACGAAAGAAUGAAUGUAAAACAGAUGGAAUGAAAAUUGAAAUAAGGAGAAGUUGAAGUUGUGUAAAAUCUGAAGUUGUCGCGUAAAUUUUAGAGAUUUUGUACGUUUAAGUGAUUAUUGAUUGUAAGUUUAUAA